GCCCUGUGGUCUAGGGCACGCUGGGAAGGGCUGCAGGUUCGCUAGGUGGUCUCAGUUCUUCGGCCAUUUAGGAGAGCGACUAUUUUUCUGUAUCGAAUCAUUUCAACGGACUUCUUCCCGAGAACCAAGAAGGGCCAUCCCGUAGGGAAAAAUACCCGUUAGGCAUUAAGCAUCUUCUUAGGGGCUCUUGUCGCUGAUACCAUGAAACGGCGACAAAAGAGGAAACAUCUGGAAAACGAAGAGUGCCGGGAAUCGUCUGAGAAAGGCGGAGGACUCUCAAAGUUGCAAGACGGUGCCCCUCAGCCGGAAUCCACUGGAGUGGCCGGAGGCUGGUGCCUGGGCGUUGGGGAGGUCUCCUCUGCCUCCGAGUACUUCUCCUGCGUUUCUUCUCCACGCAAGCUCACCCACGGUGGAAUCCGGAGACUACACGGAGACAGUCCCCAGCCUCGGUCGCCCCUAGCCCAGGGUCGAGAAGGAAGAGAGACCCUGCUCCGCCCUCAGCCUGUCCCCUUCUCAUCCCGCUCAUCCUACAAGACCUGUGUGUCCUCUCUGUGCAUAGUCAGAGAGGACAAGGGCAUGAAAAUUUACUACAUGCAGGUCCAGAUGAGAAAAGGUGUGGCCGUCUCCUGGGAGACGGAGGCCUCGGAGUCCCUAGAAAAGCAGCCGAAGAUGGAAGAAGCGACCCUCCUCGAGGACCUGCGAGCCGGCACGCCCCCCUCCGACGUGUCCACCAGAAACCUCCUGUCCGACAGCGAGCCCAGCGGGGAGGAGAAGGAGCCAGAGGAGAAGGCAGAGCCAGACAGCCCACCGGGGUCACCUGUGGCCGAGGAGAGGCCCCGGGCCAAGACUCCAGACUGGCUGGUGACCAUGGACAGUGGCUUCCGGUGCUUGGCCUGCUGCCGCGUCUUCCCCACGGUGGACGCGCUCCGGGAGCACGUGCAGUAUGGGGUCAGGGAGGGCUUCAGCUGCCACGUCUUCCACCUGGCCAUGGCCCAGCUGCUGGGCAGCGUGGAGGCAGAGAGCACCCAGGAGGAGGACGACCACCACCAUGAGGAGGAGGACGACCACCACCAUGAGGAGGAGGACGACCACCACCAUGAGGAGGCGGACGAGAAGCCAGAAUCCGGAGACUACACGGAGACAGUCCCCAGCCUCGGUCGCCCCUAG